UCCUCACUCUCCUCCUCUUCACAUAAACACUCUGAUUCCCACAGAAACCACACACUCACACACACACACAGGAAUUUUUUGUUCUGUGUUUUUGUCUGUCCCGUCUGUUUUUAUCUGCGGGACUGUCACUUUAGCAGCACCUGGGACUUAAUAUUCCUCUCUUGGAGUAGCUCACACACUCCUCUGCUCCCUCGUGUCUCCCUCCCCAGACCUGCCGUGACUGUCAGCUCUCCACCUGUGGACUAUGCCCCCUUCAGUCAGCUGAGGGAGGGGGCUCUGCGCUGCUCAGGCUCCCAUCUGGAGAAGGCUUGGGCUGAAAUCAAAGAGGAGACGGUUAGGCUAUUGCUGAAGAUGCAAUCUUCAACUGUCUCACCUGUGACCAACACUACAGUAACCUCAAAUACGACCAUCACCACAAAGUCCAAGGAACAAAUACUCAUCCAGAGUUCUGGGGCUAUGAUUGCUGUCAUUGUCAUAGGUAUCAUCAUCAUUCUCGCCAUUCUGCUAAUCAUCCUGAAGACAUACAACAGGCGUACACAUGUGUCCAGAGUCCUGGGAGCCAGCGGUGGCUCCAAACCUCGUCCAAAGAUGUCACAAUCCACAGCUCAGAGCAGCAUGCCACUGGGCGCCAUGGGAGUCCACUCUGUCUCGGGCAGCAUCACCAAUUCAAACCCAGCCUCGGAGAACAGCUUCCAGCUGCCCAGAGUGGAGCUAAGCAGCGUGGAGGGAAACCACAUAGAGCAGUUCAGCACCACCAGCGGAUCCACUGAGGUCACCAUACAUGACACUCCAUCAUUAGGAAACACAUAGCACCAAGACUGUGGUUUAGUCUCACAACAGGCUGAUGUGCUGACUGAUGUGCUGUGUUCAUCCAUGACCACAUACUGUGUGAUGACUGAAUCCCAUGGAAACUCUACACGUGACAUUAGUGUUGACACUGUCAGUCUCCACCAACUGAGCCACUGCUGGUAACUACAUGGAUAACAAGAUGUGCUUUUGGUGUGCAAAAAUAUACAAUAUGAACAAAAUGGCACCAGAAACACAAUGGAUUGCAUGAAGGACUUUCUAGUGAAGAGUUGCUUUCUGGCUACAGUCAGUGUUCAGAGUAUAGAUGCCAUAAGUUUCUUACUGUUUGUAUCUAUUUGUUGAUGUUCCAUCACUGCUAAUACAAUGAAGAAAAUGUGUAGUGAAGCAGGACAAUGUUAAUCUUAAGUGUGUACAUUUCUGUAUUAAGGAGAACCAGAUAGGUUCAGAAGUAAACAUGGAAUUAGGAUAGUAGACAAAGACAGUAUGACAGAGGAUUACUGUGAGGACAUACAGUAUGUUGAUAUUACAGAUUUAUUUUGACAAUAUUCAACAACAAUAUUUCUUACUAAGUCCGGUCCACCUUGCAUUUUACUGUCUUUGUCUUUUGCCCACAGAUUCUCUCAUGUUUGUCCUUGUUUAAGAAAUGUACGAAAUGUCAUUUCCUUUGUUUUGUUCUUUUGUUUUUUUUUUUUGUUUGUUUUUUUAACCAUGUAGAGUGUAGAGAUCACAGAGAUAUUUUGUGAAACAUCUGGGUGUCAACCUAACACGCCGUGAAUGCUUUUUAAUUUGACGCCAAAGGAUUUUGCACUUUAUUUUCGUUGCUCCCUGCAUUUGUAUUGUUUGUGGUUCUUUAUGAAAUGAAGAGAUGAAAAUAAAAAUGUAAUAUUUA